AUGUUCGCAAUCACGGGAGAAGAAGUGGCUCGAGCAAUAUCGUGGCUGCUUGGAUGGUCAUACUUCAUCUCAUGGUCGCUAUCUUUCUAUCCACAACCACUUCGCUGCUGGAACUUACGCUCUACCCGUGGUGUAACGGUUGAUUUUCCUCUAUUGAACAUUCUUGGAUUCACCAGCUAUUUCAUCUCGACUACAGCCUUUGUCGGUGCGCCUAAGAUCCGUCAGCAGUAUGCUCUUCGACAUCCUUCCGCUCCCGAACCUACAGUACGAUUCAAUGAUCUGAUCUUUGCUUUGCAUGGCACUAUCAUGUGUAUCAUUUUCUACAGCCAAUUCUACCCAAAACUAUGGAAGUUUGAAGCUGUCAAAGGACAAAGAGCCAGUUCUGUAGCUCUUGGUAUCUUUUAUGGUAGCAUUGUAGGAGUAGCCAUUACUGCUAUGCUUGUGUUUUUGUUCAAGGGUGGAAGAGACACUCCCGAAUCUUGGGCAGAGAUUGAUAUCAUAUACGCCUUCUCUUAUGUCAAACUCAUUGUCACUCUCAGCAAAUAUGCUCCUCAAGCAUGGUACAAUUACAAGAUCAAAUCGACCGCAGGCUGGGCUAUUGAUAUGGUCUGGUUUGAUUUUAUCGGCGGGAUCAUGUCUCUUCUCCAGCUGGUCAUCGACAGCGCGUUACAGGCAGACUGGAGCGGGAUCACUGGCAAUCCAGCCAAGUUGUUCCUUGCUGUCUUUAGUCUUUGCUUUGACGUGAUCUUCUUCGUACAGCACUACUUCCUAUAUAGAGGCAAGGAGUUGCCUGCAGAUGAUGAGGACAAGGAUGAGGAUGAAACGAGACCUCUCCUCGCAUAG